GUAUUUCCGUAAAUCCCCUGAAACUUUCUAAAAGAGAAAAAAAAAAUCAAAUUCAAACCAUGGUUUUCUCACCUGUUACACCCUUUCAAGAUCACCACGAUUGUCAUCAACAGUUGCAACAAUCAAACCAUCAACAAGAAAGUGGUGGCGUAGGUGAAAACCUUAAUUUUUGGCAACCACUGGCGCCUCCACAACAUGGAGGUGGUGGUGGUGGUGGUGGUGGUGGUGAAGGAUCAAUUCAACUAGGAUCUAUGGUGGAUCAAGCCAGACUAGCCAACCCACCCCUGCGUGAGCCAGGAUUAAAGUGCCCUCGUUGUGAUUCCACCAACACCAAAUUUUGCUACUUCAACAACUACAGCCUCACACAGCCUCGACACUUUUGCAAGACGUGCAGGCGCUAUUGGACACGAGGUGGUGCUCUAAGGAAUGCUCCUGUUGAAAAAGAAGUAACAAAAGCAGCAGAAACUCGAAAUCUCAGAAGCCGAAAAGGAGCUAAAUCCAUAAGUGGGAGUCCAUCAAGAUGUAGCACGGAAAACAUAGCAAGUUAGGGUGUUUGCAGAACUCUCAGUAUUAUGGUCAUUUCCUAUAUGAAAAAUAAAGUUGUGAAAAUUGAAAUUGUGUUAUAUUAUGAUGUUAGCAUAACUGAAAGAUUAUUUGUGACUUGAAUAAGUGGUUUACCUCGGUUUUCAACAA